AUGGGAGAAACGUUGCCGGAGAAUAUUGAAUCUUCACUCGUACAACAAAACGGAGCUUUUCAAAUUGGUCAUGAAGAUCUGAGAGAUACUCAAGAGGAUCAUGAAGACAGAGAUUACAACAACAUUCAACAAGAUGCUGUCUCUGAAGCUAUAAACUCAGCCAUAGAUCAAGAAAAUGCCGAGAGAAGAUCUAGAAUAUUCCACAAAAGUAGUUCUAAACAAGAAUUUAAAAAUUAUGAAGACAAACAAAGUAUUCAUGAAAUAGUAAAUGAAACAUUAAAGAACUGUAGUAGUCAAGCUGAAAUUAAAAUAAUAGAUCUUAAUAAAAGGCAAGAUGACAAAAGAAAUUCUAGAAGAAUGUCAAACUAUUUGCACAAUAUUCAGAUGACUAAUUCUUCUUUAGGACUUACGUUUAAAGCGACUGAAAAUAAGGACAACUAUCUAUUAAAAGACUCUCAAACUGUUACAAGAUUUUCUCCGUUAUUGAAACAGACCUUAGGAUCUUCGGCUCCGAUUUUGUUAACGUUCAUCACUGGACUUACUUCUGGUUAUUCGGCGAUAUUGCUGCCACAACUGAAGAAUGGCACCGGGCCCAUACCCUCAGAUGAUGAUACCGCUUCAUGGAUAGCGGCUAUGGCAGCACUUCCUAUGGCACCUGGAUGUCUGGUCUCCGGAUGGAUGAUGGAAAAGUUUGGACGACGCACUUCGCAGUAUAUAACCUGUAUACCUUUACUCCUCGGCUGGAUCUUCAUUGCCUGCUCCUACAACCUGGGUCUUAUGCUGAUCGGCAGAUUCUUCACGGGUCUCUGUGCUGGACUGCUUGGUCCUCUUGUAGCAGUAUAUAUUGGUGAAAUUACAGAACCAAGGUAUAGAGGGUUCUUCCUUGCAAGUAUAUCUCUAGCCAUCGCCCUGGGUAUCCUGGCAGCACAUGCGAUAGGAACUUUUAUGACGUGGCAGUGGACUGCAAUCAUCUGUGGCUCCUUUCCUAUUCUCUCAAUUUUCCUUCUAACAUUUAUACCUGAGAGUCCCAGUUGGCUAAUAACUCAAGGUAGGAUUGAUGAUGGCAUUAAAGCUUUCUAUUGGUUAAGAGGAUACGGUGAAGAGGCCAAAAUGGAACUGAAAGGAAUACUGGAUACCAAAAAAUCUGCCGAUAAUGAACCACGUAUGAACUUAAAAGAGAAGCUAAGAAGUUUGAAAAGCCCUGAACUGAUCAAACCUCUGUUUAUAAUGAUCUUAUUCUUCAUGACUUGCCAGUUUUCCGGUGUCAAUGCGGUUGCUUUCUAUUCUAUCGAAAUCGUUGAAAAAGCUGUCGGAAAAGCAAUUGAUCACUACCUUACAAUGCUUAUAAUUGAUUCAUUGAGAGUCGUCAUGUCAAUUGUUGCUUGCGUAAUAUGCAAACAAUAUGGAAGGAGACCUUUAUGUUUUAUUAGUGGCAUUUGGACCGCUUUGUCCAUGAUAGGGUUAGCUAUGUUCUUAUAUUUCAAACCAGAGAAUAUGGCAUGGUUGCCAUUGAUUUGUUUGAUGUUCUAUAUAUGUGCCAUUUCAAUAGGGCUAGUUCCCCUACCUUGGAUCAUGUGCGGUGAAGUAUUCCCUGCAAAACUCAGAGGUCUUGGAUCUGGUAUUAGUUCAGCCACUACGUUUGUGUCUUUCUUUGUUGUCGUCAAGACUGCUCCUGGCAUGAUGACAAAUUUUGGUGAGGUGGUAACAUUCCUUACUUAUGGAGUUAUCGCUCUUUUUGGUACUGCCCUUAUGUACUUUAUAUUGCCAGAAACAAAAGGAAAGAGCUUACGAGAGAUUGAAGAAAGAUUUAAGAGAGGAAAGAAAUCUGAUGUAAAAAUUGUAGAAGAAACUUUUACAAACAUUUGA